UCCCAGCAUGCGUUGAUGACAUCACGAAGUACCCCUUCUUUGUGUGUCAGUGAUGUCACCAAGUGCAGUGUGGGGGACAAUGGAAUCCUGAACUCCGGGCGAGGGCGAGUGGGAAGCGACUGCUCCUGCUGCUGGUGCAGGGCUGAGCCGGGGGAGGGAAGGGAAGACACAUCUGCUGCUUUAGGGCUGAAACAGGUGAGAAGUUGCUGCUGCUGCCGGAGGGACAAAGCAGCGAGAGAGACACGAGUGGCCAGGCCCAGCCGCACCGAGGAGGAGCAGCCAGACACAAAGGGAGAGGUUGGGGUGUGUGGUGGGGGGGUCGCUAUGUCGGAUGACGAUUCGAGGGCCAGCACCAGCUCCUCCUCAUCUUCAUCCUCCAACCAACAGACAGAGAAAGAGACAAGCACGCCUAAGAAGAAGGAAAGCAAAGUCAGCAUGAGUAAAAACUCUAAGCUGCUAUCUACCAGUGCCAAGAGGAUUCAGAAGGAAUUGGCUGACAUCACCUUAGAUCCACCUCCCAACUGCAGCGCUGGUCCCAAAGGUGAUAACAUCUACGAAUGGAGAUCAACCAUUCUAGGACCUCCAGGUUCAGUCUAUGAGGGAGGUGUUUUCUUCCUUGACAUCACAUUUACACCAGAAUAUCCUUUCAAGCCUCCAAAGGUAACGUUUCGGACAAGAAUCUACCACUGCAAUAUUAACAGCCAAGGCGUCAUCUGCCUGGACAUUUUAAAAGACAACUGGAGUCCAGCAUUAACCAUCUCUAAAGUUCUCCUCUCCAUCUGCUCCCUCCUCACAGACUGCAACCCGGCUGACCCCCUGGUUGGAAGUAUUGCCACUCAGUAUAUGACUAACAGAGCAGAGCAUGACAGAAUGGCCAGACAAUGGACCAAAAGAUAUGCUACAUAAAUUGAAUUUUUGUCAAACUCUUACAUUAUUCGUCUGUGAUGGAAAGAGCUGCUUAUGAUUUUGGAGGGGUGGGGGGAGGGAGGGUGCUGGUAAAGAGUAGGGUAUUUCUAUAACAGAUUUUAUUCAGUCUUUUAUUUCCUAAGAUUUUGUUGUUGUAACUUAAGGUAUCUUGCUACAGUAGACAGCUAGGAUUGGGUAUAGCAUAUUUUAAGACUGUAAUUAGUUCAGCAAUAUUAGCUCACAUAUAGUCCUGAGAAGAAUGUAAGCUUCUUAGACUUCUUUGGUUUUCAGUUUGCUUGUAAUAUGUGAAAGAUUAAAACAGCUUAAUUUUGUACAGGUACAUAUGUUGACAUUUAUGUAAAAGUCCUUUCAAGACUCUAUACACUGUUUUUGCUUUUUGUUUUGUUUUGGGUUUGGGGGGGGUUAUUUUGUUUUGGGUUGGGUUUUUUUUUUUUUUUGUGAAAAGAUGUCGGGAUUGUUUUCCCCUAUGGAGGGCACAUUGGUAUUUAACAAAUCCUUUUUAAAGACUGUCAUCUCAUGAUCUGUGAUAUGGAGAGGUGGAUAUAUGGCCUCAUAUAUGAAAUGAGAAGUAGUUAAUGUAUUAUUUUAUAAGCCAAUCUAUCUUUGUGAAAAUAAUAAAGGGUUUAAUCAGGACUUACGGAAACCUGUAGUGAAAUACCUUAAGCUGUUUAACUGUAAGGCGUGGGAUAGGAGUCACUCAGUGGAUUGGUUGUAUGUUGUGGGCUACUUAAGUCUGCAUUUGUUACUGUGCUAAUAAAAAGAUGUUUAAAAAAAAAA